AUGGGUUCUGCAGAAAAAAGCUCCCAAUGGAGGAGUGUCUUUGAUGGUGUGAAACUGAAGACUAUCAAAGCCAUGCCGGAAGCACUCAUGGCAGAGAUCAACACAGCAAUUUGCAAUCUUGAAUAUGCACGUGCCACUGAUCUGGUCGACUGUCCAUCUUCUUCUUCAAUCUCAAGGUUUGAGAGCUCUCCUCAACCUGAAUACAGUGCUCGCAUGGCGGACCAAGCCUACAAGGCAGGGUGUGCAGCCUUGGCUGCUGGCAAGCUUGAUGAGGCUCUUCAAUCUCUGAACGUUUCUCUCUCCAAAUGCCCGCCUGAUCAGACUUCUGCUGUGUCUAAGCUUCAUUCUCUUAUCUCUCUCACAUCACAGCAGCUCCAAAAGUCCACAAGCUGA